AUGCCAGACGCUCAGGUUGUGGGUUUGAAGCCGCUAACGUGCCCUUUUGCCCCGCACUUUGCCGCUGAACCUCUGAGCCUGGGGGCAACACUGAAGCUGUCAGAGGAGCUGCCUGAAGGACAUCCAGCAAAACCCAGAGGCCACCUCCUGACAGGACAUGAGCACAUCACCAACAAGGCAUUCGGGAGGCAUGUGGAGGAGCAGGAGGAUGUUCAGAUAGAGGUGUAA